AUGGGCAUCGGAUCCACGAAAAUCGAGAGCCAUGAGGAGCUGGAGGUCGGCAAGCGUGUGGUCGUCAUGGUGCACGGCCUGGCCUCUUGUGCGCUCCAAGCCUGUGCGACAAAGGGGGCUAGCUUCCUUUGCGACCAUUGCGAUGGUGAGGAUGAGCAUCCACGAAUCGUGUUUGUCAGCAUCUCGGAGAUCCUCAAAAGACCCCACAUCAUGAAAAGCCUGGGCCUGAAGCUGGAGCCAGCGACCUCCAGGGCUGGGGUGGAGACAGUCAAGACCAGCACUGGGUACACCAACGUUGACGUGCAGCCGGUGCGUGGUUUGGAUGGCAUUCGGACACUGAAUCCUGGGCCCGAGUCGUCUGUCACACCCGUGUAUCUUUGGCACAACCUCAUCGAGCACUUGUCCCCGAACUACAACUGCCUGGCCUUCAACUAUGACUGGCGGAGGUGGGGCGAUCUGCUUUUCGUGGACGAGCUGCAAAAGCAGUUCCAGCAGACCAUCGAGCAUGCAGUGAAGAUCGCAGGCGGUCUUCCGGUCACCCUGAUCGGCCAUUCCAUGGGUGCUCAGGUGAUCAACUACAUGCUUGGGGUGCUCGGGGAGCAGUGGACGGAGGGACACGUCUCCGACACCGUGUUAGUUGGACCAGCGAACAUGGGCUCUCCGUCCGUUUUCGCUGCUUAUGCGAACGGUCCCAGCCAGGUCGCGCAUAGCACUGUCAUUCCAGUGGCAGACAUUGCGGAGGUGCGCAUCCGCGACGUGGCCUCCACCUGGCCGGGAUUGCUCGCUGUGAUGCCGACGAAGCUAGCAGGCUUUGAUGUGUUUGAGAGAAAGCCCGUGGCCAUCCGCCACGACGAGCGGGAGUACCAUGCUGAGGACUGCGUCCCCUUCCUCGAAGAUGUCCAGACGUGCGAGGAUGAAGAUCCAUUGGGGAUUUAUGACGAGGACCAAUCCAUCCACGAGAAGGUGCGGCGCUAUCUGGAAGACUUGAACCUGGUGGAUGCCAGGAGGGUUUGGGAAGCAGGAUUCGCGCUGGCACCACGGAUACGGCGCGGGAUUGA